AUGGCUGAGCAUCUUUCCUUCAGCCCAAACCUAGNNNNGAUCCCAUGGGCUGAAGACGCCGAUGUUGGACUCAUGCGCGAUGAUUGUGAUGCCUCGUUCAGACGGUAUGGUGGCGACUUCGACAAUAUCUUGGAUUUACUCAAGGCCAAGAUGGGCCCAGGUUAUCGUAUAGCUGCUCAUCUCCCUGGAAAUGGCACUGAUCUGCCUAGUAACUCCUUUACCGGCUGCAAUACUGAUGUAUUCUACGCCCAGACAGACUACAAGGGUCAGACCUGUCAUGUGGAUGUAUGGGUGCUAUCGCAACAGGAUAAAUGGUCUGCUGAUUUGAACCAGAAGUGCAAAUGUCCAGACUCGGUGCCUUUCCCUAGAGUCUGCCGUUGGCCUAAUGCUUGCAAUACAGUGUCCGACUUGGUACCAUCUACAUGGUCAACUCAAAAAGGUGGUAACUUCACAGCCCAAGUUAUGGUCCCUAACAAACCAAGAAAUGUCCUUCUUAAUGAGUAUGGAAUUUCACUUUGGUCAUUGGCAACGCUGUAG